UCUGUAUGGUCCAUCCCCGCUCCGCCGCCGAACCCCCUCCGGCAGCUCCGCGGCCUCCAGCGCCUCCGCGUCCUCCUGGUUCUGCUCCUCCUGCCCCCGGCGGUGGCGCCCGCACCCCGGCUGUAUGAUCAGGCUACAGUCUUCAAUGAGUAACCAUAUUCCUCAGUUCUGUGGUGUUCUUGGUCACACAUUUAUGGAGUUUCUGAAGGGCAGUGGAGACUACUGCCAGGCACAGCACGACCUCUAUGCAGACAAGUGAACUGUAGAAA